AUGGCCCAGAUUUUCCAGAAGGACCCGCGCAACGCGGGCCUGUUCCUUGGUGGACAGCGCCUGUCGGGCUCGGAUAUCCGGGACCAGAAUGUGCUGGCGGUGCAGUCGAUUGCGAAUGUAGUCAAGUCAUCGCUGGGCCCUGUCGGCCUGGAUAAGUACGUGCGGUACACUCACAUCAGGAUGCUGGUCGACGACAUUGGCGAUGUGACGAUCUCGAACGACGGUGCGACGAUCCUGCAGAUGCUCGAGGUGGAUCACCCGGCGGGCCGCAUCCUCGUGGAGCUCGCGCAGCAGCAGGACAAAGAGGUGGGCGACGGCACCACCUCGGUGGUGCUCCUCGCGUCGGAGCUGCUGCGCCGCGCGAACGAGCUGGUGAAGAACAAGAUCCACCCCACGACGAUCAUCACCGGCUACCGUCUUGCGUGCCGUGAGGCGAUCAAGUACAUCCAAAAUGUGCUCGCCGUCAAGGUCGAGGCCCUCGGGAAGGAGAGCCUCAUCAAUGUGGCCAAGACGAGCAUGGCGAGCAAGGUGAUCGGCAGCGACGACGACCUGUUUGCGCAGAUGGCCGUCGAUGCGAUGCUCGCGGUCAAGAAUGUCAACAGCCGGGGCGAAACGAAGUACCCGGUCAAGGCCGUGAACGUACUCAAGGCGCACGGCAAGUCGGCGCGCGAGUCCAUGUUCGUGCAGGGUUACGCGCUGAACUGCACGGUGGCGUCGCAGGCCAUGAAGACGCGCAUCCAGAACGCCAAGAUCGCGUGCCUGGACAUCAAUCUGGUGAAGCAGCGCAUGCACAUGGGCGUGCACAUUACGAUUGACGACCCGGAGCAGCUGGAGAAGAUCCGCGCCCGCGAGAGCGAGAUGGUGCUGGAGCGCGUGCGCAAGAUCCUCGCGACUGGCGCGAAUGUGGUGCUGACGACCAAGGGCAUCGACGACCUGUGCCUCAAGGAGUUCGUGCAGGCCGGCGCUAUGGCGGUGCGUCGCUGCAAGAAGGAGGACCUGCGGCGUAUCGCCAAGGCGACGGGCGGUCAGUUUGUGAGCAGCCUCGCGAAUCUCGACGGCGAGGAGUCGUUCGAUGCGAGCAGCCUCGGCACGGCCGACGAAGUCGUCCAGGAGCGCGUGGGCGACAACGAACUGAUCCUCGUGCGCGGCUCUAAGGUGUACAGUGCGAGCUCCAUUGUGCUGCGCGGUGCGAACGACUACAUGCUCGAUGAGAUGGAGCGGGCGCUGCAUGACAGCCUCUCGGUCGUCAAGCGCACACUCGAGAGUGGCUCGGUGGUGCCGGGCGGUGGUGCUGUGGAAACGGCUCUGGACAUUUACCUGGAAAACUUUGCUACGACGCUCGGCUCGCGCGAGCAGCUGGCGAUCGCCGAGUUUGCGCAGGCGCUGCUCGUGAUUCCCAAGACGCUGGCUGUGAAUGCCGCGAAGGACAGCACAGACCUCGUCGCCAAGCUGCGCGCGUACCACACGGCGGCGCAGAAUGCCGAGGCGUCCGACCCGAAGAAGACGCUGCGCUUCUUCGGCCUCGACCUGCUCGGUGGUGCCGUGCGCGACAACUUGCGCGCGGGCGUGCUCGAGCCGACUGUGAGCAAGCUGCGCAGCCUCAAGAGCGCCGUCGAGGCUGCUACGAGCCUGCUGCGGAUUGACGAUGCCAUCACGAUCCCGCCGGAGCCGCCCAAAGAGGACCCCCACGACCAUAUGUAG